UCUGCCGAGGAAGGAGGGAAGGAGGGAGGGAGGGCGCGCGCGCGGGAGAGAGAGGGAGAGAGGAGCCAGGCGGGGGCAGAGAGCUCCGGCCACCUCGCGUCAAUGGCGGAUCUGAAGACCAAGUUCGUGGAGGCCUACGACGUCCUGAAAUCGGAGCUGAUGGAGGACCCGGCGUUCGAGUUCUCCGAGGAUUCGCGCCAGUGGGUCGACCGGAUGCUGGACUACAACGUGCCCGGAGGUAAACUGAACCGGGGCCUCUCUGUAAUUGAUAGCUACAAAUUGUUGAAAGAAGGGAAGGAACUGACUGAAGAAGAAAUUUUUCUUUCAAGUGCUCUGGGUUGGUGUAUUGAAUGGCUUCAGGCAUACUUUCUUGUUCUUGACGAUAUCAUGGACAGCUCUCAUACACGCCGUGGACAACCCUGCUGGUUUAGAUUGCCCAAGGUUGGAUUGAUUGCAGUAAAUGAUGGGGUUCUACUGCGCAAUCAUAUUCCUCGAAUCCUUAAGAAUCACUUCCGUGGGAAGCCUUACUACGUAGAUCUGCUGGAUUUGUUCAAUGAGGUGGAGUUUCAGACGGCAUCGGGCCAAAUGAUAGACCUGAUUACCACUCUCCAGGGAGAAAAGGAUUUAUCUAAAUACACGUUGUCACUUCAUCGGCGCAUUGUUCAGUACAAAACUGCCUACUAUUCAUUCUAUCUUCCAGUUGCCUGUGCAUUGCUGAUGGCUGGUGAGGACUUAGAGAAGCAUGUUACUGUAAAGCACAUUCUUGUUGAGAUGGGGACUUACUUCCAAGUCCAGGAUGAUUAUUUGGAUUGCUUCGGUAAUCCCGAGACCAUUGGUAAGAUCGGAACAGAUAUAGAAGAUUUUAAGUGCUCAUGGUUGGUUGUUAAAGCACUCGAAAUCUGCAAUGGGGAGCAGAAGAAACUGUUGGAGGAGAACUAUGGGAAACCAGAUCCCGCAAAUGUCGCGAAAGUGAAAGCCCUCUACCAUGAGAUCAAUCUUCAGGGCGUCUUCGAGGAGUACGAGAGCAAAAGUUAUGAGAAGCUGACGACCUCCAUUGAAGCACACCCGAGCAAAGCAGUGCAAGCAGUGCUCAAGUCUUUCUUGGGUAAAAUCUACAAGAGGCAGAAAUAGAGAAUCCUUUUCAGACGAGCAAUAUAAGUGUGACGUUGCAAGCAUUCUCCUACUCCAAGUUGUCGUGGAAUUUUAAUUUGUGUUAUUGUAAUUGGGAGAAGACGAGUCUUCCUGUAUCCCAUUCUUGUAACAAUUUCACGAUGACGCAGCUUUGGCAUUUAAGUAAAAAUCUUGAGUUUUGAUUUUAA